CAUUGAGUGAGAAAGUAGCUAACCUCUCUCUGUCUCUCUGUCUGUCUCUCUCUCUCUUCAUCAUCAUGACCAAGAAACAUAGCAAAAGAAAAUUAUAAAUCCCACAAAAGGAGAAAGGUGGGAAAGAAGGAAAAGUAAAUUCUUACAAGCAAGAACCGGAUUCAAAGUUGUAGAGUGAGAAACAAAGGAAACAGAGAAAGAAGGUCAUAAACAACAAUUUUAUGUAAAAAGCUAUGUGGAAAAGAAGCAUGUGGUAUAACAAAGGAGAGGGAGGCUAGAGCCAAAUAGAAAGAGAAGCCCUUCUCUCAUCCUGAUUGCUCUUUCCUUUUGCUGUAGCAGCUUUUUCUAGGGUCUUUGGAAGCUGGGUUGGUCUUAUAAGAACGAAAAUAAAUGGAAGCUUCUUCCUCUCGUGGAGCUAAAAAAAGCCUUACUGUCAGAGCAGUUGUCCUGUUCUUCUGAGGUAGAAACAGUAAUGCUAGGAACAUGGGAAAGAAAGGGAGUUGGUUUUCUGCCAUAAAGAGGGUUUUUUCACCGCAUUCCAAGGAGAAGGUAGUCAAUGGUUCAGAGAAGAAAAACACAAAAGAAAAGAAGGGGCUUGGGAAACUAAAGCAUGGAGAGACCAAUUCAUUCAUUCCCCUGUUCAGGGAACCAAGCAGCAUUGAGAAAAUUUUUGGGGAUUUUGAAAGGGAGCAACAAAGAGUAAAUUUUAGGCCUCCUACCCCCGAUGAGCAACCAAAGACACCGCCUUUUGUGCCUCCUAGAGUUGCUUCUCCCAGGGAUCCUUCCCCAAGGGUUGGCUCACCAAGGGCUGCUUCUCCAAGGGCUGCUUCUCCAAGGGCUCCUUCUCCAAGAGCUCCUUCCCCAAGAGCGCCAUCUCCUAGGAUUCUUCAUCAUCAUAAGGAGAUUAGAUACAGACCUGAACCAACUCUAAGGAACCACCAUGCUUCAGCUACUAAAAUCCAAGCAGCUUAUAGAGGUUAUAUGGCAAGGAGAAGCUUUAGAGCUCUAAAGGGUCUAGUGAGGCUUCAAGGAGUGGUGAGAGGACAAAAUGUGAAGCGCCAGACAUUGAAUGCCAUGAAAUACAUGCAACUCUUGGUGCGGGUUCAGUCUCAAAUUCAGUCACGCAGGAUCCAGAUGUUAGAAAAUCAAGCAAAACAUCAAGGUCAAUACAAGAAUGAUAAGGAAGUGGAAAGCACCUUUGGCAAAUGGACCUUGAGCCAGGCAUCUGAGACAGGCAAUAAUGAUGAAUGGGAUGAUAGUUUGCUAACUAAGGAGGAAGUGGAGGCAAGGUUGCAGAAGAAGGUUGAGGCAGUCGUUAAAAGAGAAAGAGCAAUGGCCUAUGCAUACUCCCACCAGCUGUUGAAAGCUACUCCUAAAUCAGGCCAAACACCUGUAGCUGAUAUCCGGUCUGGGGGAUUCCCAUGGUGGUGGAACUGGUUGGAACGUCAGCUCCCCCCAAAAGACCCUCCUACAGAAACCAAUGCAUUGAAGAACUUUCAACUGACUCCUCCGAGAUCACAUUCAGAACUGAAGCCAAGCCCGGUGCCACAAGCAAGCAGUCAGAGGCAACAUCCCUUUUUAUUUGAUAACAAUCUGGACACGCCAAAAUCCUCAAAAUCAACCAUAAAUCUGACAACACUAAAACAAGCAGGAACCCCGCCUCCGAUUAAUAUGAGUAGUACUCCACAAGCAAACAGCUUGGGGCUAUCAAAGUACACAAGACGACUGCCAGCUGGUGGAGCUGAAUCCCCUUUUGGUUUUCCACUGAAGGAUGAUGAUAGCCUCACAAGCUGCCCCCCGUUCUCGGUUCCCAGUUACAUGGCUCCAACCGUGUCAGCCAAAGCCAAAGCGCGAGCUGGUAGUAAUCCCAGGGAGAGAUUUGUGGGGACUCCAAGCAGUGAGUCCAAAAGAAGGCUCUCCUUCCCUUUGACACAAGGCAUUGGGUCUUUCAAGUGGAACAAAGCUUCUUUUUUCUCUAAUAAUAAGGAUUCCAGCUCUCAAAGGAUUUUAGACAAGAACCCGCCCCUGCAGUCUCUAGGAAAUUUGAGCAUAGAUUCCACGGUUUCUAUGCCUGCAGGAGUUGGAAGGAAGCCAUUUAAUAGAUUUGUGUGAUUUAUUUUCCUAUACUUUUUAACCUUUUCUUCUAUCCCCUACUGUGGUGUUUAUUUUCCUUGAUUGAUUGUAUGGUGAUAGCUUUGAGUUGCAAAAUACUGAUGUAUAAUAAAUAUAUUAUAUAUAGGAACCGAUUAUGGUUUGGAUAUUAUUUGAUGCAA